UUUUUGGCGAUGCCUUCAGUUGGGAGGAGACUGACGAUUGAUUGGAUGAGCUUUGCAUAGUUGCUGCUGCUGCUGUUGUUGUUUCUUGUCUACAGUCACAAUGAUUCAAUUAAAGACGAUGCUCAACUGCAUCGACAACUCUGGCGCUGCCCUUGUCGAAUGCGCCCUCGUCGUCGGCCAGAAGCGACACGCUAGAAUAGGUGACCGCAUCGUCGUCGUCGUCCAAGAACAGCGCGGCUCCUCCUCCUCCGGCAUGGCCGGCAUCUCCGCCGCCGCAAAGGUCAAGCGCGGCGACAUCCGCCACGCCGUCGUCGUCCGCACCAGGUACCCCACGCAGCGCCGCGACGGCACCGUCGUGCGCUUCGACGACAACGCCUGCGUCCUGCUCAACAAGUCGGGCGACCCCGUCGGCACGCGAAUCAAUGGCGCCGUGGGCGCUGAGCUGAAGCGCAAGAAGUGGAGCAAGAUUCUGUCCAUGGCACCCAUGCAGGCAUAAGGGAAUAAGAGGUCGCGGGAGAGAGGGAGAGAGAAGGCAAGAGAGAGAGAGAGGGAGGGAGGGAGGGAGGAAUAGAGGCAGCUGGAUAGACAUCAAAAAUGCAGGAGGGGCAACAAGGUGUCGUCUCUAUGUACGAGUUGGGAUCAUGUACGAUUACGAAAACACUCUCUGGUGGCAUUUACUUUACAUGGCGUUUACGAAAUGAGACAUUUGAUCAAGAAGAAACAAUCCUUUUUUUGUGUACAACGAAUUUGAUUUGC